GUUAUAAUUUGCAUAUAAUUUGCAUAAAGAGAGAAAGUGUUAGUAUUUAGAAUUGUCCCGGCCGUCCAGCUCAGUGAUGUACAGCUCGAUACAGUUAAAACCCUUUAAAAUCGAGUAAGAUUCAAGACUGAAAGAUGUCAAGUGACGAAGAGGAAUUGAGCGAUGCCAAAGGCGAAGCUGAGAGCAAGUUACUCGACGGUUUGACGCCAAGGCCUUACCAAAGCGAGUUAGUACGUAUCGCUCUAGAGAAAAACAUCAUUGUUUGCCUUGGUACAGGCACGGGAAAGACUUUUAUUAGUGUUAUGCUGAUAAAGGAACUCAGUUUUCAAGUUCGGAAGAGUCGAAAGGAAGGAGGAAAACGAACAUUUUUCCUAGUCAACACAGUUCCAUUAGCCAAGCAGCAGAAGGAAGUGAUAGCCAAAAACACAGACCUGAAAGUGAAAGAGUUCAUCGGAGAUAUGGGAGUUGACUUCUGGUCAGAUGAGCAAUGGAAAAAAGAGCUUGAUGAUAACCAGGUUCUUGUGAUGACUGCACAGAUAUUCUUGGACCUACUCGGCCACGCCCGCCUCAGACUCUCUGAUGUUAAUCUUAUUGUCUUUGAUGAAUGCCACCACGCAAGAAAAGGACAUCCGUACAAACAGAUUAUGGGAUACUUUGAAGAGUCUGACUACCCCCGAAUUCUUGGACUAACAGCUUCAAUAAUCAACACCAAAGAAACACACAAAAUGGAGCAACUAAUUUGCGAGCUUGAAGCGACAAUGCGUGCGGCCUGUCAGACUUCAGAUGACAUCACUGUGAGUCAGUUUGCUACAAGGCCAGAGGAGAUUAUAUAUCCAUACUCAAACGAUAAAACCGAAAAUAUCGAUAAAGUCGAUAAAGUCGAACAAGAUCUGAAUCAGCUUUUGGUAGAAACAGUACUGAAUCCUUGGCAAGAAUUUGUGGAUGAUUUGAGAGCGUCAGGUCAGAAGGAGGUUCUCAAGGGUGUCAAGAGUCGGAUCAGCGAUUGCCGCCAGAUUCUUGAUGAGAUGGGAGCGUCAGCUGCUAACAGAGUGGCAGAAUACUUCCUCAAAGAUCUUGAGCGAGAGCAGGGCUUAGUCGUUGCAAAUGAUGACGUCAUAUGGUUGUACCAGUACUGCGCGACUCAACUGAGAAGGUUUCGAGAGAUCUAUUCUGUCCAUACCAUCGCACACGACGUGAGCGAGGAGGACGAUCUGACACACCUAUCACCCAAAGUCAAGGCGCUUGUGGAGAUCCUAAAGCAGUACGGCAACCCUCAAGCAUCGACUCCGGACAUCAGCCUGUGUGGUAUAGUCUUUGUAGAGCGCCGAUACACGGCCAAGAUUCUUUGCGAGCAGUUGAACAUCAUCGCUACACGUGACCCAUCGCUCGAGUUCAUCAAGUGCGACUUCGUGGUAGGACACGGCGCGAGCGGUAUAAACAGCUCGAGCGAUACGCAGAUGGGAUCUACCAAGCAAGAGAAGGUCUUAAAAAUGUUCCGCAAGCACCAAAUCAACUUGCUGGUCGCUACGAGUGUAGUAGAAGAAGGACUUGAUGUUCCGAAGUGUAAUUUCGUAGUGCGGUUCGACUUCCCGCAGAAUUUUCGAUCGUACGUGCAGUCGAAGGGGCGAGCGAGGGCGAAGAAUUCAGCUUUUAUCGUCCUUGUUGAGGAUAAAGACAGUGAAUGGGCAGGUCUGGAAGUCGAGCGUUAUCAAGAAACUGAGAAUUACCUGCAAGAGAAAUGCCAGGGACGACCGCUGCCAACAAGUGAGGAAUGUGAGCAGGCUAAUGAAGACCAAUACCUGCAGCCUUAUGUGACGUCACUAGGCGCCAGGCUCACGCAGCGGAACAGCCUUAGCUUUCUACUAAGCUAUUGCUCCAAGCUUCCAGGUGACCAGUACACCAGACUGAUGCCAGAGAUCAUCACGGAGGAAGUGGAAGGUGCAUUUCGCUCGACACUCAUGCUACCAAUAAACUGUCCUUUGAGAGACACGAUCGAAGGUAUUGUCAUGCCGCGUAAGAUGCUGUCGCGUCAGGCCGCCGCUUACGAAGCGUGCAAGCGCUUGCACCAGAUGGGCGAAAUCGACGAUAACCUGAGGCCUGUGGUGUCCUUGUCCGAGGAGAGCGACGAGGGGACUGAGAGCGAAGAUGACGGCAAGAGCAAAGGGAAGACUGGGACCAAAAAACGCAGGCGUUGCUAUAAUAGAAAGAUACCUGACGUACUAAAAGAGAGUCUACCGACAGCGGGCGCUGCAUACUGGUUUUAUUCCAUCGAUAUCAAGAGCCCGGAGACAAGGAGAGCCCCCGUGGAGCUGGGUACCUUGUGGAAUAUGGGUAUUAUGCUGCGCAAGCCCCUUCCCGCGAUUCGUCGCUUCCAAUUAUUCCUGGACUCGGGACCAGUGAUCGUGUCCAUCAAGCCAUGCGACUCCACCCCCACACCCUCCGUUCCUGGGUUCCAUCUUCGCAUCAUUGAGGCAUUCAGCCGGUGUCUGCUAUCACGGGCUCUGCGCAUGCCUCUCGAGGUGACCGCUGACAAGCUUCAUGGUUAUCACGUGGUUCUUUUGGACUCGGCGUGUAAGGGGAUUGACUUGGCGCGCAUGCGCGAUGUAGAAAGACAAAUGGAGAAAAUUGACCUUCCUAUCCGAGACCAAGAUGCGUUGGACAGCUUAGCAAGCGGCGACACGAUCAUUACCCCUAAGCACCGCGAGAAACAGCAAAGAUACGUACUGGAGAGAGUCUGCCCUGAGCUGAAUCCCACGAGUCCUUUCCCUGACCGAAGCAAAGCGCGCACGUACGCGGAGUACUACGAAAAGACAUACGACUGCCAUAUCACGGACAUGCACCAACCGUUAUUACAGGUACGGAACAUGUCUGAGAGGAUCAACUUCCUGGUCAACCGGAAAAAACAAUCAAGAAAGAAAUCAAACCACGUGGUUCACUUUAUCCCAGAGCUAUGCUCCCAUGAUUCAAUUCCGGCGUCAUUGCUAAGCAACGCGCAGAUUCUCCCGUCCGUGCUGCAUAGGAUGACGUCAUUUCUCCUCGCAGUGGAACUGAGGGAGAAGAUAAAAUCCAAAAGUGACGUCAUUGAUGAGGCUUGUGCGCCGGAAAACACGUUGUCUGUGAUUGGUGGAGUUCCCGCGUCUGUGAUUGGUAGAUCAUUAAGUCCACUAAGAAAGAAGCGAUCACCCCCUCGAGUUCGUUCCUAUGACCUCUUCGAUAAGGAAUUCCAAGAAAUCAGUCAAAGUCUACAGGCAAUGUUCUCUAAUGAGCGGACAGUCCUCCUUCAUCCGGACUCCGAGCUCCUUUUGCAAGCGCUGACCACAAAGAGCGCAGGCGACGCGUUCGACCUUGAGCGUCUUGAGAUGCUGGGGGACGCAUUCCUGAAGCAGGCGGUGUCCAUCUUCUUGUACUGUUGCUACAGGGACGGGGACGAGGGGAAGCUCACCAAGCGCAAGACCAGCCAGCUCAGCAACCGCGCGCUCUACCGGGUCGCGUGUAGACUGGGGCUACCGGAGUAUCUGCAGAACACCCAGCUUGACCGCGUGUCCUGGACCACGCCCUCCUUGCAAGCUGCUGAGGUCGAGCCUGUCGGUAGUCCUGGGAAAUCACAGAAAACAGCCAGCAACAAAAGAUGUCAGAGUGCAAGCAGGAAACCAGAAAACAGACCGGAAAUGAGCACCCUGGGAAAGCCCGAAACAGCACGUGACAAAGCCUUGCACCAGUCCAUCCCGGACAAGUCUGUUGCUGAUAGUGUCGAGGCUCUGAUUGGUGCUUAUUUGACUACAUGCGGGUACCAAGGCGCAUUGCACUUCCUGGACUGGCUAGGGGUCAAGGUUUUACCGGAGUCACCGAUGAGUACAGAUGGGCCCAGAGCGUCCAGUAAGUACUCCAUCUUCACUCGCCCUACCAUCACCGAGUACAACCCAAACCCCCAGGUCCUCAAGCGCUUCGCCAUCCAGUUGCAAGGCUUUGAAAAGCGCAUUGGGUACGAGUUUAGCAACAAGCUGUACCUGAUACAAGCCCUGACGCAUGCCUCGUACUCGCAGAACAGGUUAACCGACUGUUACCAACGGCUGGAAUUCCUUGGCGAUGCCUUGCUUGACUUCCUGGUCACGGAGUUGAUCUAUUCCAGGAACACGAAUCUGGAUCCUGGUGAGCUUACGGAUCUGCGUCAAGCUCUUGUCAAUAAUAACAUCUUCGCAGAGAUCGCCGUCAAACACGGAUUUAAUAAGAGCUUGUUCCAGAUGUCUCCCGAGUGGUUCAAUAAGAUCGGAGUCUUCGUGGAUCACGUGAAGGAAAGAGAGGCUCGGGGAAUUCAGAUAAGCAAGGAUCCAUUUCUGACUCUCUCUAAUGACGACGAGGAGGGGAUAGAGGCGCCUAAGGUCCUGGGCGACAUUUUCGAGUCAGUUGCGGGUGCGAUCUUUCUGGACAGCGGUAUGGACCUGGUGCUGACGUGGCGCGUGUAUUACCGCAUGCUGAAGCCAUACAUUGACGCAUACUCGGCUGACGUACCGAAAAACCCUGUGCGACUGAUUCACGAGAAGGACGCCGACGCCCUCUUCAGUGAAGCGAAGGUUUUGCCCAGUGGCAAAGUGGAAUGCUCGCUGACAGUUUACUGGGGAAAUUUCCAAGGACGAGCGGCGAAUAAGCGAAAUGCCAAGAUGGCGGCGUCCAAACUUGCCCUAUCAGCACUUCAGCCAAGUCGAUAGUUCAGAGACACCAAGAAAAAAACUAUUUUCUUUGUAUCGAAUAUAAGAGUAAGGCUGUAGGAUGCUGUUUUUUUUUUUUCAUGGAUAUGCCUUUUAGCAAUGCACAUAAGCAAAUGUAAAAAGAUAAUUGAAAACUCACAACGUGAAGGCAUUAUUGCAAUACUGCCAUGAAAGGCGGGAAUUCAAUCGCGCUUGCCCUUUUCUGGCUGGGAUUCUUUCGCCUUCACCUUUUCUGGCGGGAAUUCUUUCGCGCGCACCUAUUUCAGGCGGGAAUUCUUUCGCGCGCACACUUUUCCCGCCAUUUCUUCCGAAAGGUUGGUUCAGAAGAUGCAAGCGCAAGCGCAACAGACUUUCUUUCCCGAUUCUCACUAGAAGGCAAGUUCAAGCACAAGAGAACACGUGCAAGUGCUUGUGUUUGGCCGAUUGUCUCGUGUUGCGCUUGCCUUUGUUCUAUUUGCAAAUAUUAGAUUUGUAUCUAUUUUCAUUAAAGUCUCACAGUCUGUCGAGGGCAUGGAGUCCCCACUGUAAACUAGACCCUGUUCGGCUUAUUCUUGGCCGCUCAGUGCGGGCACAUUUCAUUUGGCCACGUAUUCUUAUCGCUCACCUCACCUCAACUAUAUUGCUAAGUAGUGCCAUAAUCUCAGUCUAAAAUGGUUAAUUGUGGAUGGAUAGCGUCAUAACAGAUAGACAAUCUGCUAAUUAGCAAUAUCUCAUCUCAAUAGGCAAAAUGGCGAGCUCUACCGCAUGAUAUAAACACAAUAAUAAUAAAAGGAUUCCAAUUAAACUACUUUUAUUCUCUACCUAUUUGGCAUUCUAACUGGGGAGCGGCACACAUCAGUUUAAAAAAAGGCAUUUUAAGCCAAGAGCACUUAUUGAGCGGCUUUCAUCCAAAGUCCUGAUGAUCCAAACAAACACUGUAAAUUUUAUUGAGUUGUUUUAUUGAGCUGUGUUUGUGAAAUAACAGACUCAGAUAUAAAGGUAAAUGGGGCAUAAUUGUUUAACCCCGAGUGCAACCUUAUUUGAAAUAGUUAUAGAACCAUACGAUAGCCGAUUAAAGUCAAUCGCAGGUGA